ACCGCGAAACGCAGCGCGCGGCCGGCGUCGGAAGGGGAAACGGCGGCGGCGGCCCCACCUCCCGCGUUGCGAGGCGUCCUGCUGCCUCGCGACGCGGGGUGCCGCGCCCCGCCGCUACCCGCCGCCGCCGACCCGCUCACCGCCGCGCUGUCGCUCGCAGUUGUUUGGAAGCUCAAAAGCAUAGCCUCCUCAGGAGAAGACAAGCGACAGCUGCGUGUAAAAUCUUUGACGUUGAGUUCGUCGUCAUUAAAAUCUCAGAGUUACUGCUCGUUGUUCUGCCUCGAUUGUCAGACUAUUAAGACUGAUCUUCUGGCAGAGGAGGCUGAGAAAGUCGCCGGACUGACUGAAAAAACCGUGUGGUCAUCUCCUAGCGAUGAGGACAUCGAGGACUUCUUCAUGGCGGACGCUCCAGCGCCCCUGGACCACCGCGAGGAAACUCCCGCACCGACGUCCUCGUCCUCGCCUUCGCCCUCUGCCCGCCCUCGCCCCUUUCCAGGGCUGCGCAGGAGACCCGGAGCGGUGCGUCGCCGCGGCCGCCUGCGCAGCCAGCGCCCGCCCAGCACCGCGCCGCUGCGCCUGCCCCCCGAGCUGGCGGCCAAGCUGGACGUGACGUGCCUGUCGGCGCAGAGGCGCGGGGGCGCCUUCCUCAAGGCCCCGGAAGUGCCGCACUCGGCCGUGCGCUACACCCGAGAA